UAAUCCAAAGCAGGCAAGUUUCGAGGCAGUUAGAAGCGUUUUUUCUGUCAAAACCGGAACUUAUCGUUCCGUGUCUCCGAGAUUAGAACUCCCAUCUACCACCAUUAACCCACCGCGGGACGGGGAGGCAGCACUGCUCCUCUGUACACCACCACCAUAAUAAUCUCUCGAUUUUUCCACAGCGUCAUUUCGUCGAACAAGUAGCAGGGGUGAGGGGAGAGAGAGAUAUAGAGCUCUGUAAUCAAAACCCUAAUUCUCAGAAUGGGGGAUAUGGCUGAUAAACUGGCGUAUUUUAAAGCGAUCACUGGGGUUGAAGACUCCGAGUUGUGCACGGAGAUCCUGUCCGCCCAUGGCUGGGAUCUCGAACUAGCGAUUUCCGCUUUCAUCUCCGAGAACAAUCGUUCCGAAGCGGCGACCAGCUCUGAACCACCCAUCGACAACUCAACUUCGUACAACGCGGGUACGAAUCAAGACCACCGAGAAACGGGGAUGCUCGUUGCCGGCGGUGGUGGGCCCCCUGGUCUGGCUUGGAAACUCGUUACACUGCCGUUCUCUAUCAUUUCUGGUAGUCUAGGUUUGGUUUCGGGCGCAAUUGGGCUUGGAGUGUGGGCAGCAAGUGGCGUUCUUUCGUAUUCUUUGGGCAUGAUCGGCCUCAAUUCUGGACGCAACGGCCACGCUUCCGCCCCGCUGGUUUCUGUAUCAGCGUCGGCGCAGGAAGCCAUGGCUUUUGUCGAGGGUUUCGACAGGGAGUUUGGAAGCACAAGGCCUAAUUUCGUCUCGGAGGGUUUUAUGGACGCUUUGCAGAGAUCUAGGCAUGCGUAUAAGCUCUUGUUUGUUUACUUACAUUCCCCUGACCAUCCGGAUACGCCUGUUUUCUGUGAGAGAACGCUGUGUAAUGAGGCCUUGACUGCAUUUGUCAAUGAGAAUUUCGUGGCCUGGGGUGGGAGCAUCAGAGCAAGUGAGGGAUUCAAGAUGAGUAACAGCUUGAAGGCUUCAAGGUAUCCAUUCUGUGCUGUGGUGAUGGCUGCAACCAACCAGAGGAUCGCUCUGCUUCAGCAGGUUGAGGGACCAAGAUCUCCUGAAGAGUUGCUCACAGUACUACAAAGAGUGCUAGAAGAAAGUGCUCCUGUGCUUAUUUCAGCUAGGCUUGAAGCAGAAGAAAGAAGAACUAAUAUUCGUCUGAGGGAGGAGCAGGAUGCAGCUUACCGUGCUGCACUUGAAGCUGAUCAGGCUAGGGAGCGCCAAAGACAGGAAGAGCAGGAGCGGCUAGCAAGAGAAGCUGCUGAAACUGAGCGGAAAAGGAAGGAGGAAGAAGAAGCUCGUGAAAGAGCAGCACGUGAGGCUGCUGAGAGAGAAGCUGCCUUGGCUAAAUUGCGGGAGGAGAAGGCUCGGUCACUCGGUCCUGAACCAGAGAAGGGCCCUGAUGUUACUCAAGUUUUGGUACGUUUUCCUACUGGAGAGCGGGAGGGAAGGAGGUUCUACAGUACUGCAAGAAUACAAUCUCUUUAUGAUUACGUUGAUUCAUUGGGAAGCUUAGAAAUGGAUAGCUACAAACUUGUUUCCAACUUCCCUCGCACAGUGUAUGGGUCGGAUAAGCUAGAAAUGUCGCUGAAAGAAGCAGGAUUGCAUCCCCAAGCCAGCCUUUUCAUCGAAUUGAAUUCAUGAGCAGGAUUGAGUAGUGUGAUGGCUCCAAAAUCAAAUGCUUUUAAUAGGAAAUUUUUAGUUGUGUUGUUAUGAUUCCAGUUGAGCAAAUGAUUCAGUGGGAGGGUUGUUGGUUGUCUCUAUUAUGUUGUUUCCAAUGUUAGAUAUUAUUAUAUUUGAGCUAAAGAAAAUUAGGUUCAUCAAAUAAAUUCACUUUCCCGUACACUAAGAAUUUGAUUAGUUUCAUCAUGGAUCCGAUCCAACAGUGUAUAAAUGUGAGGAUUGUUCUGUUUUUAUUAUUUGUGCUAAGUAGACUCAAUUUGAACCCGCCCA